UCCUGAGCUGGAACAGCCAGAGUGGCUGGAAAAGCUACACUUCAUGGUAGACAUGACAGCGCACCUGAACACGCUGAACACAGCUCUUCAGGGGAAAGGACGCACAGCCCUGCACAUGUUGGAGGAUGUUUUGGCAUUCGAGCGCAAGUUGACAGUGCUUGCCAGAGAUUUACAGAAAGGCACUUUGUCUCACUUCCCCAAUUUGAGAGAGUUCAAACAAGGUCACGACAUGAUAAUUUCGGAGUAUUUACAUUCUGCAAUCAUCGCAAUGCAAACAUCGUUUGGGAAACGCUUCUGUGAGUUCAGAGAGGAAAAAAACACAUUAUCCUUCCCGGUCACUCCCUUAAGCAUCGAUCCUUCCCUACUGAAUACGACUGCAUUGGCAGGUGUGAGUCAACCUGAUCUUGAGAUGGAACUGGCCGACAUAGCCGACAAAGACAUAUGGGUGUCCAAGUUUAGACGCUUGACAGCAGACCUUGAAGAUGUUGCCCGUCAGAAGGCCGUUCUUGCUCAGAAUCACAAAUGGAGUGAUAUUGAAAACCUCCCCAAACCGGACAAACUUGUGUUCAAAACAUGGAAUGCUAUCCCCGACAUUUAUGUAAACAUUAAAAAGUAUGCACUUGGAGUCCUGUCGAUCUUUGGAUCCACAUAUGUAUGUGAGCAGGUGUUCUCCAACAUGAACUUUAUUAAAAACAAACAUCGCGCACGCCUCACAGAUGACAGCUUGCGAUCCUGUGUAAAGAUGAAGGUGACGUCAUACAGCCCUGAUGUGCAGACGCUGUGCGCUGAGGUCCAGGAGCAGAAAUCCCAUUAACCAAUUUCCACCAUAUGUUAAUGUGAAGAGUGAAC